GAGGGGAUUGCUCCAAAGUCAGAGAGAGAGAGAGUAUGUGUGUCCACACUGGUAAAUACCCUAGCAAUCACUAUCAUCCCAGAAGAGGUUCUGUGAGCUUCCACCACCCUGCACCCUUCUCUCCACCCCAGCUGUGUGUUCUGCCACAAUGUGCAGCAUGGAGCCUGUCAACAGGACCAUGGUUUCAGAGUUCUUCCUGAAAGGUUUCUCUGGCUACCCAGCCCUGGAGUGCCUGCUCUUCCCUCUGUGUUCAGCCAUGUACCUGGUGACUCUGCUGGGGAACACGGCCAUUGUGGCAGUAAGCAUGCUGGAUGCCCGCCUGCACACGCCCAUGUACUUCUUCCUGGGCAACCUCUCCAUCCUGGACAUCUGCUACACGUCCACUUUUGUGCCCCUGAUGUUGGUCCACCUCUUAUCAUCUAGGAAGACCAUCUCCUUCAUUGGCUGUGCCAUCCAGAUGUGUCUGAGCCUGUCCAUGGGCUCCAUGGAAUGUCUGCUGCUUGCCAUCAUGGCCUUUGACCGCUAUCUAGCCAUUUGCCAGCCACUCAUGUAUCCUGUGCUCAUGAGCCAUCACCUCUGUUUGCUGCUGGCAGGAGCCGCCUGGGUGCUCUGCCUCCUCAAGUCAGUGACUGAGACAGUCAUCGCCAUAAGGCUGCCCUUCUGUGGCCACCAUGUGGUCAGUCACUUUACCUGCGAGAUCCUGGCAGUGUUGAAGCUGGCCUGCAGUGACACGUCGAUCAGCGAGGCCUUCCUGCUGGUAGGUGCCAUCCUGCUGCUGCCAGUGCCCCUGGCCCUCAUCUGCCUGUCCUACGUGCAGAUCCUGGCCACCAUCUUGAGGGUGCCCUCCACUGCUGGGCACCGCAAAGCGUUCUCCACCUGUUCAGCACACCUGUCUGUAGUGCUGCUUUUCUAUGGCACUGUCAUCUUCAUGUACAUGAAGCCCAAGAGCAAGGAGACCCACAUCUCCGAUGAGGUCUUCACAGUCCUCUAUGCCAUGGUCACACCCAUGCUGAACCCUAUCAUCUACAGCCUGAGAAACAAGGAGGUGAAGGAGGCCAUCAGGAAGGUAUGGGGGAGCAGACAGGCCCGUAGGUGAGGAGAGGCAGGUCUCAGCUUAGUAGGUAAGGC